CCAAUAUAUAUUGCGUUGCAUGGAGCUAGCCUCGCUCUAAAUAAAAGAUUUACAUUCUCUAAGGUCUAUAGAGUGUAUACUUUAGUGCUCUGGUUAUUCCCAAUGGAGGGCAAGUUCUUCUCUUGGAUUUCUUGCUCGGUGAUAUUGAGCCUGGCGGUGAUGAUCGGCAUUGCGACUCCCGGAGCCGAGGCACAGCGCGCCUUCUUUGUCUUUGGGGACUCGCUGGUCGACAACGGCAACAACAACUACCUCGCCACCACCGCCAGGGCCGACUCGCCGCCUUACGGCAUCGACUAUCCGACUCAUCGGCCCACUGGCCGCUUCUCCAACGGCCGGAACAUUCCCGACCUUAUCAGUGAGUCGCUUGGCGCCGAACCCACGUUGCCAUAUUUGGCUCCCGAGCUCACCGGAGAAAACUUGCUCGUCGGCGCCAACUUUGCUUCCGCCGGAAUCGGAAUUUUGAAUGACACUGGAAUUCAGUUCAUUAACAUCAUCCGAAUCACCCAGCAACUGCAAUUCUUCCAACAGUACCAGCAAAGGGUCGCCGCGCUCAUCGGAGAAGGCCAAGCGCAGCGGCUCGUGAACGGUGCUCUCGUGCUGAUCACCCUCGGCGGCAACGACUUCGUCAACAACUAUUACUUGGUGCCUUUCUCCGCCCGGUCCCGCCAGUACUCGCUCCCCGACUAUGUCGUCUAUCUCAUCUCCGAGUACCGCAAGAUCUUGAUCAGGUUAUACGAACUAGGAGCACGGAGGGUCCUUGUGACCGGAACCGGGCCAUUGGGCUGCGUCCCAGCUGAGCUGGCUAUGAGGAGCCGGAACGGCGAGUGUGCAGAGGACCUGCAGCGGGCAGCUGGCUUGUUCAACCCCCAGCUCGUCCAAAUGAUCAACGGUCUCAACAGCGAAAUCGGCUCCAACGUGUUUGUCGCGGCUAACGCGCAACAGAUGAGCCUUGGCUUCAUCAAUAACCCUCAAGCAUAUGGUUUCGUGACAUCGAAGGUGGCGUGCUGCGGGCAAGGUCCCUAUAACGGAUUGGGGCUGUGCACGGUGGCCUCCAACUUGUGCCCUAACCGGGACAUCUAUGCAUUUUGGGACCCGUUCCAUCCGUCGGAGAGGGCCAACAGGUUCAUCGUCAGACAGAUCCUGACCGGCGACACCAGAUAUAUGAACCCAAUGAACCUCAGCACCAUCUUGGCCUUGGACGCCAGGACUUAAAUUUCAUCAUGGCUAAGGCUAAUCUUAUCUUUUGUAUCUUUUUUUUUUUUUUUCCUCUUGAAUUUCCGAUGAAGAUUGUGUUCGGUCGUUAUAUCUUUGCUUGCCAAUUCUUGGCGCUCUUUGUUCAGGCAGGGCUUAGGAAGUGAGAGUCUGUGGUGCGGUGGUGUAAUGUGGUCGAAAGUUUUACAUGUUGUGCUUGAUGGUAAACAGAAAUUUAUUCAAUUACGUAAUAAUUUCGGUU